CAUGCAUGCCUGACCGCUAGUCUACUUCCUGGAUGGAAGAAUGGGACAUUUCCAGCACCACUUUUCUUCGCAUUGUGAAUUGCCUUUCGCCACGCUGACGCCACGGAUAAUCACUUAAUAAUGAGCACGUGAAAUCAAUAAUAUCCGACUACUUUUUUUUGUCUUCCCUCUGUAGUUAAAGACAGCGAUUGAUCGCCGAUUGACCCCUCUACACUUCGGGAAUGUCGCUAUCUGGAAGCCCGCUACAGGCACGGAGGAGUCCAACAACACAUUUUGAACUGCUUUUGCACAGCCGUAGUGUGCGUAACGUUUUAUUCCUCGAAGCAGAAAGCAGCCUUUGCUCGGACUGGAGGCGAAUACGUUUGUCUUUUUAAAAAGGAAAAAAAAAAGAAGCAACUCAACACAAAAGCUAAAAGCAGAGACUGUGUAGCCGAACUGCAAAACGAUUUAUUUGGUGCUUCGUGGCUUGUGUGUCGACUUCGCUUCAGUCUUCGCUCAUGUGUAUGUGAUUUUUUUUUCUUUAAGAAGAGAAAAAAGACUGAAAAACUUUGUCCUUCCUUCCUCCUCCUCCUCCUCCUCCUCCUUGUUGCUCUCGAUGAGUAGUCUAACAUGCGGAGAAUACGGGAACCGAGUUACUGGUGGAUUUUAUCCUUAAUGCUUUUUUUAACCUUGCCCAAACACACAGACUGUCAUCCUGUUGCAAGUGGCCAACCUCUCCACGCUGGAGCCAAGCAUCAUGGGAUCACGGGCGCAAUGAGGGAAAGGAGGGCAGCUGGUGACCCUUACUGGUCCUAUUCAGGAAGCCAUGGACCUCGAGUCUGGGCAACCUUGUACCCAGAAUGUGCUGCGAAGAGACAAUCACCUGUGGACAUUGCAGAUGAUCAAGCUCUGGUGUCGGAGGAGUACCAAGAGCUGGUACUUGACAAAUUCAUCACUGAGUCCUCUAACCAGACCACCAUGAAAAACACUGGAAAAACAGUUGCUGUUCUCCUGAAGGACGAUUACUUUAUAAGAGGUGCUGGGCUGCCUGGGCGUUUUAAGGCUGAGAAGAUGGAGUUUCACUGGGGCCAGAGUAAUGGAUCAGCAGGCUCAGAACACAGCGUAAAUGGCAGAAGGUUCCCUGUAGAGAUGCAGAUCUACCUUUACAAUUCAGAUGACUUUGACAGCCUCAGCGCUGCCAUCAAGGAAAGACGCAUCAUUGCUGCCAUGGCCAUCUUCUUUGAGCUGGGGCAAAAAGACAAUCCAGCUGUGGACCCCAUCAUCCAGGGCUUGAAAAGAGUAGUGCAUCAUGAAAAGGAGACCAACCUCAGGUCAUUCAUCCUGAGGGAUCUGCUGCCGUCAUCAGUGGACAGUUACUACAGAUACACGGGCUCUCUGACCACGCCGCCCUGCAGUAAAGUAGUGGAGUGGAUCAUCUUCUCCAGGCCUGUGUAUCUGUCCCAAUCACAGCUGGAGGCCUUUUACUCCAUCUUUACAACAGAACAACAGGAUCACGUCAAGUCUGUGGACCACCUGAGGAACAACUUCCGGCCCCUGCAGGAGCUGGACGACAGGAAAGUGUUCAAGUCGGCUGUGAAAGACGCAUGGCAGAAAGAUUUGACUGAAGUUCUGGGAAGCCCUCAUGGCACCGAGGCUUCGAGAGUGUGCAGCAGUGCCCCAGUAAGAAUGAAUAUACAACCGUUGAAUCAGACAGCACUGAUCGUGAGCUGGGAGCGCCCUCUCACCAUCUACCACCCACCCAUCACAAGUUACAUGGUCUCCUACAGCUGGGUGAAACGCGACGUUGCUGAUGAGAAGACCUUCACCAAAACUGGGGACCAGAGCAUGAAAGCAGUCAUCACUAAUGUGUCCCCAGACAUCCUGUACCUGUUCAGAGUGCAGGCAGUAUGUCAACAUGACCUGCGUAGUGAUUUCAGCCAAACACUGCUGUUCAGAGCUAAUACAACAAGAAUAUUCGAAGGUUCUCGUAUUGUGAAGACAGGGAUGCCCACAAUAUCUCCAGCGUCCUCUGCUGACAUGGCUCCCAUAAGCUCUGGUUCCUCCACGUGGACAUCCUCUGGCAUCCACUUCUCCAUUGUCUCCAUGGCAACGGGGAUGGGCCCCUCCUCUAGUGGCAGCCAGGCCACAGUGGCAUCGGUGGUGACGAGUACCUUACUGGCAGGCUUAGGCGUUGGCGGAGGGGUCAUCUCUUCAUUGCCCAGUUCUGUUUGGCCCACACAGGCGCCCCAAGGCACUCAGAACCCCACCCAUCCGUCCGUCACGCCUUCAAAGUCUAGCACGGAGAAAGCGUUGCCACAGGGCUCAGAGACAGACAACCCUUCUGAGGAAAACCAAACUCCACGUGAGGGUGAGGAGGAGGAGGAUGAGGGCGAGAGAGAAGGAGAGCAGGAGGAAGAGCAGGAAGAGAAGAGGAGAAAGAACAAGACAGCACCUGAUAAUGAGGGAGCACAAGCCAACGGCACUGCGGUCAAAGAGUCUUUAAUCCCCACCCCCGCAUCCACAGCCAAAGAGAAAGGAGAAGAGAGGCCGACAGUCAAAGGCGCCACAGUACCUGCAAGCACCGGUGACGGCCAGCUGGUCGAUGUAGAGAAGAAACCCACAGAUGUAAAUGCAGUCCCCACUCAGGAGCCACGUAAUGACAGCGCAGAGAUGCAAAUUCCCCAGAGUUCCACAUUGUCUCCGAAGAUCAGUAAUGAUGGAAAGAGUCUCUGGCCGUUCUCUGUCCACACAGACAGGACCAUCUUGUCCAAUGUCACCCGAACCCCUCACCCAGGAAUGGGUAGGAUGGUGUGGAUUGUUCCCUUGGUGGUGGUGUCUGCGCUCACACUUCUCUGCCUCAUCAUGCUGCUGAUUGUGAUGGUCUACUGGAGGAGAUUUUUCCAGACAGCUCACUUCUAUGUGGAGGAGAGCAGCUCUCCACGGGUGGUGGCCAAUGAGAACAUACCAUUCAUCCCUAUACCAGAUGACAUGGAGGCCAUCCCAGUUAAGCAGUUUGUUAAACACAUCAUGGAGCUCUACAAGAACAACCUACAAGGUUUCUCUGAGGAGUUUGAGGAGGUCCAGCGCUCCACAGCUGAUCUGAAAAUCACAGCAGAACAUUCCAAUCAUCCUGACAACAAGCACAAAAACAGAUACAUCAACAUCGUGGCCUAUGACCACAGCAGGGUUAAAUUACGAGCUCUGGCAGGGAAAGAUGCCAAACAUUCGGAUUACAUGAAUGCCAACUACGUGGAUGGAUACAACCGGCCCAGAGCAUACAUAGCGGCCCAGGGUCCUCUCAAGUCUACAUUCGAAGAUUUCUGGAGGAUGGUGUGGGAGCAGAACACAGGAAUCAUCAUCAUGAUCACAAACCUUGUGGAGAAAGGAAGAAGGAAGUGUGACCAGUACUGGCCUACAGAAAACAGCGAGCAGUACGGAAACAUUGUGGUGACGUUGAAAAGCACCAAAGUGCACGCCUGCUACACACUGCGGCGUUUCCUUAUAAGGAACACUAAAGUUAAAAAGGGUCAGAAGGGGAACCCAAAAGGGAAGCUAAAUGAGCGCGUUGUGAUCCAGUAUCAUUACACCCAGUGGCCUGACAUGGGAGUACCAGAGUACACCCUCCCUGUCCUCACCUUCAUCAACCGCUCAUCAGCAGCUCGCACAGCAGACAUGGGCCCCGUCCUGGUGCACUGCAGUGCUGGGGUUGGGCGCACAGGAACGUACAUUGUCAUUGACAGCAUGCUGCAACAGAUCAAGGACAAAAGCACAGUCAGCGUCCUGGAUUUUCUCAAACAUAUCCGCACACAGCGCAACUACCUAGUUCAGACGGAGGAGCAGUAUGUUUUUAUCCAUGAUGCUCUGAUGGAGGCCAUCAUGAGCAAAGAAACAGAGGUGCCUGCCUGGCAGCUGCACAGCUAUGUCAACAGCAUCCUCACACCCAACUCGACAGGUCGCACACGGCUGGAGAAGCAGUUCAGGCUUCUGACUCAGUGCAACACACGCUUUGUGGAGUGUUUUAGCGCCCACAAAGACUGCAACAAGGAGAAGAACCGCAAUUCCUCAGUGGUUCCCUCGGAGCGAGCAAGGGUUGGGCUCACCACUCUGCCUGGGAUGAAAGGAACAGAUUACAUUAAUGCAUCCUACAUAAUGGGUUACUACAGGAGUAAUGAGUUCAUUGUUACCCAGCAUCCUUUGCCCCACACCACAACAGACUUCUGGAGGAUGAUUUGGGACCAUAACGCUCAAAUUAUUGUCAUGUUGCCUGAUAACCAGGGCCUGGCUGAGGAUGAAUUUGUUUACUGGCCUAGUCGAGAAGAGGCCAUGAACUGCAUAGCCUUCACUGUCACACUCAUCAGUAAGGACAGACUGUGCCUCUCCAAUGAGGAGCAGAUCAUCAUCCAUGACUUCAUCCUAGAGGCCACACAGGACGAUUACGUUCUGGAGGUGAGACAUUUUCAGUGCCCUAAAUGGCCCAACCCAGACGCUCCUCUCAGCAGCGCCUUCGAGCUCAUCAGCGUCAUCAAAGAGGAGGCAAUGACUCGAGAUGGCCCCACCAUUGUUCAUGAUGAGUACGGAGGGGUGUCAGCAGGAAUGCUCUGUGGUCUCACCACACUGUCCCAGCAGCUGGAGAACGAGGGGGUCGUUGACAUCUAUCAGGUGGCAAAGAUGGUCAAUCUCAUGAGGCCGGGAGUCUUCACUGAUAUAGAGCAGUACCAGUAUCUUUACAAAGCCAUGCUCAGCCUCAUCGGUAACAGAGAGUGUGGCCUGAGCCCCAUGCACAUGGACACUAAUGGGGUGGUGGUGAUCGCAGAUGAGUCGGACCCUGCAGAGAGCAUGGAGUCACUCGUCUGAGGACAUUCUUACAGGCACUUACUUUGUAAAAAAAAAAGAAAAAAAAUCUGAGAACUUUUCUGAGGCCUUUUUUGCCAGACUAUUGAUUAAAUGAAUAACCUUAUUACUUUUUAUACUGAUAAAAGUUUUUUGAUAUUUAUGUUUUUGUUCUUUAUUUUCUUGUCUUAAAUGUUAUCCUGCUGAGCGUUUGCACCUGUUUUAAGUUGACAUGAGGAAAAAAGCAGCUCUGUCCAGUUUGCACUAUACUAUCAGUGUUACUGCCUAAAAUCCAGUGAGUGAAACUCUAUCACCGUAUAUCCCGGCAACAUGACACAGCUGGGAUCUUGGACUCGCAAUGAGACAAACUCUGAAGCAUGAAGACCAGGAUGAGUUAAGGCGAUCCACUUCCAUGAAUGUCUCAAAAACAAAAAACAUCACAUCACAACGUAGCCCAGCAUGUCACAUUAUGUCACUUUGUCACCUUGAUCAAAUUAACUUGUGAGGCUCCCCUUCACGUGGGCGACGCUCUUUAUCAUGUGUGAAAAGACUAUUAUUACCUGCCUAAUAUUCAUAUACUGUCCAAAUAUCUCACUGCUGUCUUGUAAAAUGUACUUAUGGCUUUUGUUAACGUGUGUUACAACAUCUAAUGUGAACAUUUAUUAUUGCUUUUUACAGGGAUUCAUAUUGUUAUAUUGUUUUGUAAUAUAUAUUAUCUCCUUAUUAACCAGCCAUUGUUUAUUUUGGGUUUUUUUAAUUCAGUACUUUUGCCUAUUUGUCCACUGGCCUUGUUGUAGAGAUUGUGUAGGUUUUCAUGAAAAGUCUACAAUGCUCCAUUUGUGUUUUUUUUUUGUUUUUUUCCUUUUUGAAGCAUUUUUACACAGCUUUUCUAACCUCAAUUGUCAAAGCUCAAAUGAUAACAAAUGUUAUACUGUAGGUAUUCAUGUUGACACAGCACAUUGCCUACAAAACAUUUCCACCCCCUCAAACUGUUUAUUAUAAAACAUCAACAAUCAAAGUGGAUGUAAUUACGACUUAUUCUUACACUGAUGAAUAGAAAAACUAUUUUAAUGUCAAAGUGAAAACAAAUGUCCUCAGAUAUAUUCAAAUUAUGUUGAAAUAUGAAAUACAGAAUUGAAACUGCAGCCUUGAGACGAUGAGGAUAAGGAUAUGUAUUAGCUUUGUACAACAUCAACCUUUUUAUAGACACGUUGCUGUGCAGUUUUGAUAUAUCAUAUUUGGGUUUAUAUUUGUCUUGAUGGGAAAUAAAUCUUUCAGUCAUCUCGUACAGCACACCUCCUCUAACUGGCCUUUGCAUGUAAAUACAUUUGUUUUAGUCUCCAGCUGCAUUGAAGCGUCCUCAUCGACGAUGCUGCACCACCAGGCCUCAUGGUGGGGAUGUUUCUGGCUUUGGCUAACACUCAAUAUAAAUCAUAAAACUCUCCAUUGUGUUGCAGAGACUCCCAAUUGCUUUUAUUUGAGUUUUUCACGAGAGGCUGUCUCUUUGCCACUCACCCAGAGCUACAAGUGGGCAACAGCUCCUGUUUCAGUCUAAGACCCUGCAGCUCCUUUAGUUAGUAGUCUCUUAUCACACUCCGUUUUUGAGGACCACCUCCUCUAGUCGGAUUAACUUUCUCCAUUUUUAUGAUAAUUUUAGGAAUAUUCAGUGCCUUGAAAUAUUACUUUUAUCCUUCGCUUUUCUUCAAUUUGUUUCAAAUAUUUAUCUGGUUUUAUGAUAUAGGUUUUAGCGAGAAAGAAUUUAGCCAAUCUUAAGAGUUGGGUGUGUUUGUCCGAAAAUCACCUUAAUUCCACACAGGUGAAUUCACCUUAUUCUAAAAAGAGAUGCAGCAGUGAUUUGAUCUCAAUGAAAUCUAAGCAAUCCUUGAUUUAUUUACCUGUACAGUUUAUAUCAGUUCAUAGAAAGCAGUUUUCACUUUGACGUUAAAGGGUCUUUUUCUGAUGAUCGGUCUUAAAAACUUUGUCCACUCUGAUUCCAAGUUUCAUAAAACAUGAAAAAGUUCUGAGGGAGGUGAACAUUUUUUGA